GUGGUUGCGACGCAGAUUCAAGCUCAUACUGCAAACAUCACGACGCAGGUCCACAGCGCAGUUGUGGCGACUAUGCAGGAGGCACAAGGUACCAUUAUCGAGCAGCUCCAGUCCCACUUCGCCCCGGCGACGCAGCGGGUGGAUGGACAUGAUCUUGCGAUCGGUGAUAGCCAGAGGAGGCAGUUCAAUAUGGAGGACGCGCAGAGGGAGAUGCGUGCCGACACCUCUAGGAUCAACAACCGCCUGGCGCUUGCUGAGGAGGACCGUUCCUCGGUGGACACCGCCCGCCUGGCGGACUUUGACAGAGACCCGUACCCUACCAUCUUCACGGUCAACGCGCCUGACGACGUUGGCCCUGCGGAGGUGCGUGGUGCCGUCGCCCCCUGGCUCACUGACGCCAAGAUUGAGACGGACGGCACGGUGGUGCACGCUCGAGGGCCCAGCCGCCGCUUUAUCCUCGAAGUCAAGGGAGGCACUACAGGCGUCUCCAAGGCUAUCGCCCUCGCCAAGGCCCUCCGUUUCACUUCGGGCGACUGGCGGAGGUUCUCGGCGACCCAUUUGUCUGGUGCAUCUGGUCCUCUGCAUAUGGGCCCUGACAAGGCCCCGAAGCAGAUACGGCGUGAACAACAGUCCAAGCGAUUGGCCGCGAUCGCCCAAGAGCACAUGCCCAACAAGCGGUGGUGGGCUACACGGGCCAGAGGCCUGGUCCACAUUAAGGGACAGCCCUUGGUCGAGGUGGCCGUGCGCGGCGGCAACGAGGCCUCGCGACUUGCAUGGAACCAGGCGGUGGUCGCCCAGCACAGUGUGGACGUCGCCUCCAUCACGGCGGCCUUCAACCGCGCCUGCACUACGUUGGAUACGAGCUCCUGGUCGUGGUCCUGA